AUGUUGCCCAGGUGUGAUUGGUUCAACGGCAAUGGCUUCGUCUUUGGUGAGUCACCUUGGGUGGGGCCGGGCCUUAUUUUGUUUCAAUCAAUUCAAGCCACGUACGCAGGAGCCGGCGCCCAAGGGGGGGCGUUCCGGUCCGCGCCUCGCGCCAGGACCCCGCCCACGAAGCCGGCGCCCAAGGCCCCGGCUCCGGUACCGGCAUCCGCCGGCGGCCACAGUAACGUCAUUUCGGCCCUGGCGUACAACAUCGUCGACGGUAUCACCCGGGGCGCCGGCAACGCCAUGGGCCACAGGUUCGUCGAGUUCUUUGCCGGGCCACGCACCAUCCAGGUCGUCUCCUCCGAGCCCCAGGCCGCCACCGGCGCCGAUUCGUCCCUCGACUCGUGCGGCGCCCACAACAAGGCCUUCGCCAAUUGCCUCAACCACUCCCAAAGCGACAUCAGCCGGUGCCAGUUCUACCUUGACUUGCUCAACCAGUGCCACCGCGGGUCCAGUAACGCCGGCCUCGCCGCCGCCACCACCAUCUCUUAG